CGACUUUUUUCUUUCCAAUUCCUUUCUUUUCUUUCACAUUUUGUAUUUACAAAACUUCAAGCCCAAACAAACAAAGGAAACAAAACAGAACUUGUCUUUUCAACUUCUUUCUUCUUUUCAAAGUUCCCUGAAAGUUGCAGCGCCAAUGAUCAAUCCUGCCUCUACGCUGUCAGACCUAAAGAAUAGGUCAUUCUACUGCAGCCUCUUCAUUGUAUCUUCAUUGAUCUGCGGGGCUUACUUCAUCGGUGGUGCAUCCAUUGCUCAGGAGUACAAGGAAUCCCAGAAAUCUUUCUUGCAGAAAUUAACAAGAUGGAAAGUGAUCUACAAUACACAGAAUACAACUUUGCAUACAUGCAAGAAUCAUUGCCAACCUUCAGGGAGUGAGGCAUUACCAAGAGGAAUUGUUGUCAAAACAUCGGACUUGGAAGCGCUGCCUUUAUGGGGUUCAUCUGUGAAAAAUGAAAACUCAAAACCUUCUAGGAGCUUGCUGGCAAUUGCAGUUGGAAUAAAGCAGAAAGAGAUAGUGGACAAAAUUGUCAAAAAGUUUCUAUCAAGUGAUUUUGUUGUAAUGCUUUUUCAUUAUGACGGUGCGGUGGAUAAAUGGAGGGAUUUACCUUGGAGUGAUCAUGCCAUACACGUGUCUGUGAUGAAUCAAACAAAAUGGUGGUUCGCCAAACGUUUCCUGCAUCCAGAUAUAGUUUCGGAGUACAAAUAUAUUUUUCUUUGGGAUGAGGACCUUGGAGUUGAGAAUUUUGACCCGAUGCGAUAUCUAUCCAUAAUUCAAGAAGAGGGACUGGAAAUAUCACAGCCAGCACUUGAUCCUGACAAGUCAGAGGUGUAUCAUCCAAUCACUGCACGUGUGAAGAAUUCAAAAGUGCACAGACGGUUUUAUAAAUAUAAAGGCAGUGGAAGGUGUGACGACCAUAGCUCUGCUCCUCCUUGUGCAGGUUGGGUGGAAAUGAUGGCACCUGUAUUUUCAAGAACUGCUUGGCAAUGUGUAUGGUACAUGAUCCAGAAUGAUUUGGUCCAUGCAUGGGGCCUGGAUGUGCAGCUUGGUUAUUGUGCACAAGGAGAUCGAACACAAAACGUUGGUGUGGUUGACUCAGAGUAUAUAGUUCAUCUUGGUCUUCCUACGCUUGGUGUCUCAGAUGGAAAUAAGGUGACUAAUUCCCCAGACCCAUCUCAGAAGGGGGACUCGAAAGCAUUGGCCCCAUCUGCCUCUGAUAAAGUCAAUGGUAGAUCUAAAGUUAGGAUGCAGUCCUUUAUUGAUAUGCAGAUCUUUAAGGAAAGAUGGAGUAAUGCAGUAAAGGAGGAAAAAUGUUGGGUUGACCCGUAUCAACUAACAACAAACUGAAGCGAGCGUAAAUCCUAUUUAUAGGACAUCCAUCAUGCAAAAUGCAAGGUUGGUGGCCAUCCUUAUACAGAAAACAGAAACCAGAAUAGCGUAACUGUGCAUACAUUUAUCGCGUGAGAAUAUAUCGCAAUCGGUGUAUAGAUUUUUGUGGUGAACCAAAUUCAUUUGAACUGCCGACUGGCGUGGAAGUUGUGAUGUGAAAUUAACUUACCAAUGCUGUAUAGCUGGUGUUGGUGCCUGGCGACACAAUGCAUUGUUGUAUUCCAGGAAGGAACGAUCGGACCAGCUUUCGUGUUGGUGAUCAUUGUAAAUUUCAGCAAAUAAAAGGAUCUUCCUGUCGAUGUGUGUAAACCUAUUGAUUCAUUGAUUUUUGAUAACGUGUGUAAGGCGGUUCGGAAUAAUGUUUCGGGUGAGGGAGGUUUUGAGCUUCUGUUUUGUUCUGCGAAUUUGCUGUCUGUUGAGAUGCAUUUGUGAGUAAAGCCACCUGUUUAUCUU